AUGUCGGCCGUUGCAGCUCAAAGCGAUGGAGUAGCCAAAUUGCAACAGGCUCGCACAGCAGCUCUAGCAAAAAUAGAGGAAGCCCGCAAUCGGAGGGCAAAGCGACUCAAGGAAGCUAAAGGUGAAGCAAAUCUGGAAGUCGAUGCUUUCAAAGCACAACAGGAAGCUCAUUAUAAUUCACUUGAGCUACAAGUUAACUCUCAGUAUGGUCCUUAUGAGGAGGUGUGUCGUCAAAUGACAGACGAACAGUUAAAGUCAAUGCAACGUUCGUUCCAGUCAAACAAAAAUGCAGCUUUGCAGUUAUUAUUGUCUAAAGUCCUAGAUGUAAAGCCUGUCGUCCAUGUCAACUUUGGUUUUAAGAGUCCGGGGUCGUAG